GCACUCCUACCUCUGAGUGUCAACUGUACUGAAAUCUGAGCUUUGGGCGGAUUGUUUUGCAACCCUUUUACUUCCCUCUCUCUGCAGACUACUACGCCUGGGUGCUACAGUUGCAACAAGCAUGAGCAGCUGAAGUGGACUUCUGUAAGUUAUUACUUUCCCCCCCUUUGUCAUCAUGGGUGACUUCAAGCCAGCCGAAGCCUUAACUCGCAGGAGGAGAGCGACUCUCGCAGGGGCGAGAGCUGCGACCCUGCAGCCGAUGAACGGGAGGUCUGAAGCGGCUUAUCAGAGCUUGGUGACCGCAGAUAUUAGCUUAGACGGUGGACAGAAAAAACGUGACUAUUCACUGGAAACAACCCGGGCUAAAUCGAAGACCAAACGCAGGAAUGACAUGAGCGACAUGCUGAGCUGUCACAAGACACAAGAGUCCCUACUGAGUUCAGCCAGUGGUUAUAAAAACUACAGAGGAGUACUCAACUGGUGUGUGGUAAUGCUGGUACUGAGCAACGCUCGCCUCUUCUUAGAAAACCUCUUAAGGUAUGGCAUUCUGGUGGAUCCUAUUCAGGUGAUUUCCUUGUUUCUGAAUGAUCCCUACAGCUGGCCAGCAGCUUGCCUGGUGAUUGUGUCCAAUGUGUUCAUAUUGGUGGCCCUCUAUACCGAAAGGCAGCUGUCAAAGGGCUCAUUCAGUGAACUUGUGGGAUUUCUGGUCCAUUGCAUUAACAUGGCCGUUAUGCUGACAUUCCCUGCAGCAGUGGUCCUAUUGGUUCCCUCCAUGACCUCAGUUGGAGGUUUGUUCGUACUUGGUACUUACACCGUUCUCUUACUUAAACUGUACUCCUAUAAGGAUGUCAACUUGUGGUGCAGGGAGCUGAGCACUAUCAAGGCCAAAAAACUGUCCAGGUCACUGUCUUGCCCAUCAGAACAGCAUUUCUAUGAAGGUGAACGCAAGGUGUGCUAUCCUGGCAACCUCACCCUCCGAGACAUGUACUACUUCGUCCUGGCUCCGACUCUGUGCUAUGAGCUCAACUUCCCCCGUUCUCCUAAAAUUCGCAUGAGCUUCCUGCUAAGGAGACUAUUUGAGAUGCUUUUCUUCAUCCAGCUGUUAGUUGGUCUCACUCAGCAGUGGAUGAUUCCCAUCAUUCAGAGCUCAAUGAAACCACUAGAGGACAUGGAUCUGUCCAGGAUGACUGAGAGACUCCUGCGAUUAGCUGUUCCUAAUCACUUGCUUUGGCUGAUGUUUUUCUAUUCGUUCUUCCACUCAUCUAUGAACUUCACAGCUGAGCUGCUGCGCUUUGGUGACAGGCAGUUUUACAAGGACUGGUGGAAUUCAGAGUCAGUGACAUAUUUCUGGCAGAACUGGAACAUCCCGGUGCACAAGUGGUGUCUGCGCCACUUUUACAAGCCGCUUCUGAGGAGAGGAGUCAGUAAAAUGUUGAGCCAAUCAGCUGUCUUCUUUUUGUCAGCUUUUUUCCAUGAGUACUUAGUGAGUGUUCCUCUCAGGAUGUUCAGAUUUUGGGCUUUUAUGGGCAUGAUGGCACAGCUUCCGUUAGCCUGGUUCGUCGGCCGCUUCCUGCGUGGUAACUACGGCAAUGCUGCAGUUUGGAUUUCCAUCAUUAUCGGGCAGCCAUUCGCUGUCCUGAUGUACGUCCACGACUACUACGUCAUUCAUUACAGACAGGAGGGAGACUAAUACACAUCUAUGUUUGUACAACUUAACAACACGUUUUUCUGACACAUAUUGUCCUCUACUCCUACAUGUCAGAAGAGCUGAUCACGUUGACUGCGUUGUGGUUGUAGUGUGUUUACAUUAGGCGCAUUGACUGUUGUGUCUUCCUGCUGGCAAAGCUAGGAUAGACUGAAAAAAAAAGAAAUAAGUGUUUAUCUUGAAACUCUACUGUAACAUGAGGAGAAAGGUGAUGUGACAUGCAGCAUCAUACUCAGGUGAUUUUUAUUUCAGUGCCUUGUAAAAAACCAACCUCUGAUGGUCAGUUUGGGAUUCAUAUUUAUGGUGAAUUUAUUGUUAUUGGUACUGUGAGAACAGACACAGGAUUUUGUUUACUCUGUUUCCAUAGAGGGUUUACUCGUCUUUAACUAUGGGGAGUAUAAUCACUCUGCCUGAACUUUAUGAAAUGCUAAUAUACAUGUAACAACAUGAUUCAAAGGGUUGUUGUUGUUGUUGUUGUUGGUUAGGAAAGAGAUUUAUGAUCCAACAUGUUCAUCUUGUGACCAAAGGGGCCUUAAACUGUUUUUACUGUAAGGAGAGGAUCACAAGGAGAGAUGAAUGUAUGCUUCAUUAAUGUAACUUUUUCUUUCAAAUUACGGUUAUUGGAUUUAAAGUCUGUGUAUGUUUUUUUUUAAACUGAGUUAUCAAUUGCUGCAACACUUCUUGUGUAUUGAUCUUUUUUUUUUUUUGUUUUUUGUUUUUUUACAUAUGACAGCAAAAAUGAAUAAUAUGGAAAAAAUUACAGAAUGUGUGGCUUUAGCCUCCGGACUAGUGCCAAGUA